UGCUUCCUUUUAACCUAUUAGAUUGGGUGCAGGCCAGGUUCCUGGAAUGGGCCUCUUCUCCUCGGUUACUUUAGCCUGUCUGAGAACUGCUGUGUACUUCCCACCAGUGGGGAGUGGGAAGGGCAUGCUGCCUUGUCCCACUUGCUUUUUCUGUUUGUUUUCAUGCCAAGAAGCCUAGUCAGGAGACUCGCUUUGGCCCAGAAGAUUCUCCCACAGGAAGUAAGAUAGGGUCUGCCAGUCGGCGUUUCUUUUUAUUUCUUGCCCCGUCUUUGGUAUUUGUUAAACCAGGAUGUGGAAGAGGUCAGACUGAUGUUCUUUGGACUUGGUUAGGAAUCUGCUGAAAAGCACCAAGCUUUGCAAGAUGGCCCUUCUCACAAUUCUUAGAAUUCUUUUGUGGGGAGUGGUGCUUUUUAUGGAACAGAGGGUCCAAAUGGCAAAGCCAGGGUGGCCCUCCACCGCCCUCCUUGCUGACGACCCUACAUUGCCCUCAAUUUUGGAUCUGGCCAAAGAAGCCCCUGGCAAGGAGAUGAAGCAAUGGCCCCAAGGCUAUCCCCUGAGGUACAUGCUCAAGUUAUACCAUCGUUCGGCUGACCCGCAUGGCCAUCCAAGGGAGAACCGCACGAUUGGAGCGAAAAUGGUGAGGCUGGUAAAGCCGUCGGCCAACACAGUAAGGCCUCCCAGAGGUUCCUGGCAUGUACAGACCCUGGACUUUCCUCUAGCAUCAAACCAGGUAGCAUACGAACUAAUCAGAGCCACUGUGGUUUACCGCCAUCAACUUCAUCUAGUUAAUUACCAUCUCUCCUGCCAUGUGGAAACUUGGGUUCCUAAAUGCCGGACCAAGCACUUACCUUCUUCUAAAUCGGGUUCCUCAAAGCCUUCUCCCAUGUCUAAAGCCUGGACAGAGAUAGAUAUUACACAUUGUAUUCAGCAGAAGCUCUGGAAUCGCAAGGGACGGAGUGUUCUUCGCCUCCGCUUCAUGUGUCAGCAGCAAAAAGGCAAUGAGACUCGUGAGUUCCGGUGGCAUGGCAUGACAUCCUUGGAUGUUGCCUUCUUGCUACUCUAUUUCAAUGACACCGAUGACAGAGUUCAGGGUAAACUUCUUGCAAGAGGCCAAGAGGAGUUAACUGAUAGGGAAUCUUCUUUUCUCAUGCGGAGUGUCCGGCAAGCAUGCAGCAUUGAAUCUGAUGCCUCUUGUCCUUCUCAGGAACAUGAUGGGUCUGUAAAUAACCAGUGUUCCCUCCAUCCUUACAAGGUCAGCUUCCACCAACUAGGCUGGGAUCACUGGAUCAUUGCUCCUCGUCUCUAUACCCCAAAUUACUGUAAAGGAAUCUGUACUCGGGUAUUACCCUAUGGUCUCAAUUCACCCAACCAUGCCAUCAUUCAGAGCCUUGUCAAUGAACUAGUGAAUCACAGUGUACCUCAGCCUUCCUGUGUCCCUUAUAAUUUUCUUCCUAUGAGCAUCCUCCUGAUUGAGACCAACGGGAGUAUCUUGUACAAGGAGUAUGAGGGUAUGAUUGCCCAGUCCUGUACAUGUAGAUAAUAGUGAAGUUGUUGCUAUCUCAGGUUUCCCAAGAAGCUAUAGAUGUUUAAAGAAAACUGUGUUAAAGCUGGCAGUGAUCUACCCAACCUACAGAUUCUGUUCCUUAUCUUUAAAAAAUAUAUUGUGCUUAUGCUUAAAAUAUAAGAGCCCUUUGUACUCUAUAAACAAAAUGCUAGGAUCCCAUCUUAAUAUUUUUUAAAAGUAAUUUAAAAUACCAUGAAAUGGUUAUCUUAAGCAUUGUUUAAAUCUCUCACCCCAUUUUUGAGCUCCUCAGCUUGUAAAAAUGUUUCUGGUGCUGGUAUCCUAGCAUGGAUCAGUAGAACUUAACUAGCCCCCAAUACUGAGAUAAGAUGCUUUCUGGAGAUACAUUAUUACAUCAUUUUUAUUGUGACUUUGGGAAAAAAAAUCAAGAAAAUACUGGUCCAUGGUAGAAGAACAUAUGGAGUCCUGGAGGUGACUUCAUUCUGGGCUCACUUGAUUGAUGUGUCCAGUUGGGCUCUUCUGGGCUUAGGUCUCUGGGAGACAACCUUGCUGUUUGGGAGGAAGUAUAGAGCUCUUUCUUGAACUAAAUUAUGUUCACAGGAUGAUUUCUUGUUUUUUUCCCUGUUUUUUUUGUUUUGGAUUAUUAUUAUUAUUAUUAUUUUGUGCUGAGAAUAAGCAAGUGUUCUACCACUGUGCUGUAUCCCCAGCCCAGUUUAUCUUCUCUAUAAUUCUAUACUAUAUUUAAGUGUUGGGACAAUAUUGCAAAUGAAUGAUGCUUUUUUUUUUGUUAAAGAUCUUGAAUGCUUUGGAGAUUAGGAGAGAGUGAAAAGAAAGAAUUUAUAUCUUUUAUUCUCUAUGGCUAUAAUCUAGAGCUCUACUUUAAUCCCUGAGGGAUGGGGCCAGAGGCUCCUCUGAGUUCUGUCUCAGACAGCACUACUAAUAAACAGCUCUUACUAAGGUACUAGUUAAAGAAGCCCAGCAUGUCUCAGUACCUGCCUAGCUAUUGACUAGUUUUAUCACAUUCUCUCUGGGAUGGAACCUGAUUUAGGGCAUGGGCAUGUGCUCAUCAUUGUUCAUUCCUAUCUGUUCCUUACAUUUCCCAUACAUUAACUCAGUUAUUUCUUUCUCAACAGUUGAUGCUCACAGGACUGAAUAUAUGUGGAUCUAUUCCUUAGCAUCAUUUUGCUCACAUAUCUACUUAGAAAUCAAUUCAGGCUUUACUGUUCUUCUCUUCAGUAUUCUCAUGACAACCAGUUUCAAGUCGCUGUCUCUCCUCCCAUCUCAAAGCACAGCAUGGUUUCCCUUAAAAUGCUCUAGUAUUACUGUCUUCACUGAGAAAAGAUGGAGCUCCCUUUGAACGCUUUACUUGGCUCAUUGUCUUCUGAAUAGCCAGAACUGAAAACCUAGGAAGUCCUUUGAUGAAUACAAAAAGUUGACUUUUUUGUGUGUGUGAGACAUGGAAUACCCCCCUAUUUAUAUAUUUGUAUGUUUAUGUAUUUUCUUAAUCUUAAAGAAUAAAUUUUCAUUUAUGUGUGCUUUGCAUAUAAAGUUAGUAAUUUCAAAACUGUACAAAUUAUAAGAGAUGAUGAAAGCU